UCAAACUCAAAACAAAGUCACAGAAGCCCGAGGAGGUUGAUGGAUUGAUAGUUUCCACAAUUUUCGCUAAUAGCAUUGUUCCUCGAAACUCGCCCCUUCUCCGUUUUUCCAAACAACUGGUGCCUAGCUCCUGUUGCGAUGGUCGUGACUCUCGCGUUACUUGUUCUCUGCUGCCAGUGCCUGCAGCAUGUCAUUGCUUUGAAGAAUGGCCUAGGUCUCGUACCACCAAUGGGCUGGAAUACUUGGUGCACGCAAGGGUUGUGUGGACUGGACAGAUGUAACGACAAAGAGGUCAGAGAAAUAGCGGACACAAUGACCACGAACGGAAUGAAAGAGCUGGGUUACGAAUACAUUAAUAUGGACGACUGUUGGGCAGACAAACGGGACGACAACGGCAACAUCGUGGCUGAUCCGAAACGCUUUCCUGACUUCGAGGCCACCAUUCGAUAUGUGAAUGAGAAAGGCUUCAAAUUUGGUGUGUACACCGAUGCAGGCAUAUACACGUGCAGUACUGGAACGCGACUGCAUAGAAUACCUGGGAGCUAUGGUCAUUACGAGCAAGAUGCCAAGACAUACGCAUCCUGGAAUGUGGAGUACGUGAAGAUGGAUUGGUGCAAUACAAAACUAAAUGGAACGGACCUGGAUCCACACGUGCAGUAUGCACAGAUGUCGGUUGCCCUGAACGCGACAGGAAAGCCAAUUUUCUUCAACUCGUGUGAGUGGGGCAAAGACAGUCCAUGGGAGUGGAUGAGGACCUAUGCAAACUCAUGGAGAUCCGGUCCCGACCAUUCCGAUCACUGGGCGUCAACGCGUGACAUUAUUGAGCACAACAUUGGGUUGGGCAAGUAUGCAGGACCUGGUGGUUGGAAUGACCUUGACUUCCUGAUGACCGGUGGACAGGGCUGUGGUAUUUUCUUCAACGAGCCAGGCAAGCACUGUCCAGGCAUGACCGACACCGAGUACAAGACAGAGUUCAUCAUGUGGUGCAUUAUGGCCUCUCCGUUACUGGUUGCCACGGAUAUCCGUAACAUGACUGACGUCAUGAAAGCUACGCUUCUCAACAAGGAGCUCAUUGCAGUUAAUCAGGAUAAGCUUGGGGUCGGCGGAGAUAAAGUGGGGAAUUGGAACUGCUCUGGGAAUGCCAGCCUCUGCCAGCUGUGGGCUAAGCCAUUGGUCAAUGGGACAUUUGCCAUUGCUGUUUACAACAAAGAUGAUAAUGAAGCACACAACAUUACAUUUGACUUUGGUCUUCUCCCGGGCAUGACUGGUAAGAAAGCACAGGUCCGUAAUUUAUAUACGCACGAAGAAUAUGCAUCACCUAUGGCAAGCAUCACCGCACCUGUUGAACCUCACGGCACAGAAGUCUUCAAACUGACUCCAAUCACCACCGACAACACUUCAGCCUAAGGGCGGAUGUUGGAAGAUAGCGCAUGUACAUAUUUUCACUGUGCUGUGUGUUCUGCAGGACCAUACUUAUAUCAGAAACACUCUCAAGCCCCCAAGCAUUGACCACUAUCGUUUGAAAUACACUAGAGCUUAAUAGUUGUGCACAGGUGCAUGGAUCCCCCCAUUUUACUAUGCGAGUAGUACACAAAUCAGUAACGGGAACAAGGCUAUUUGGCUCUGCUCUCGUGCUGGUAUCCAGCACUUUUGCAAGUAUUUAGAAACUUAGCUUGUGUCUUACGGCAGUAUACCGGUAAUAUUCUGUGCAGAACUGCAGAUAGUAGAUACAUGCAUGGCUGGUGGUAGAUAAGACAAACUUUGAAGCACUGUGGGUAGACAUUAUGUGUUCAGUCUACUAUUUACCUGGCCGGUUGGCCUACUGUUCAUCUAGAUGUACUUCAGAAUAGUAUAGCGUACUUCAGAAUAAUAAUUAUAUUACAUGCCUGCCCAAUGCCCAUGUCUUCUUGCCGGCAUGGACAAGUAUAUCUGUUAGUCUACGUGUCUAGGAUUUAUUUUCUUGCUUGCCGCGUAACAUUCAGAAAAGCAGCAAUAGUACAUUGCUGCUGCCGUAAUUCCA